AUUCCUGGACGCUAAGGGAUUACUACGGGCAAAUGGAAGACUAGCCAACUCCAGCCUUAGUUACAAUGAACGACAUCCCAUCAUUAUCCCAGAGAAAUCCCGUUUUGCCUACUUAUUUCUAAUAUAUCUCCACCAGCUUACAAUGCAUGGUGAGCAUCGCUUGAUGCAACAAAUGGUCCGGCAAGAGUUUUAUGUACCGCGACUAAAGCCACAAAUAAAGAGAACCAUUUUCAUGUGUAAACAGUGUACUAUGUACAAGCACAAGAUGCGUACGCAGAUCAUGGCAGCCCUACCACCUGAACGCUGCAACUACGCUUUACCCUUUACCACCACUGGGGUUGAUUUUGCUGGACCUUUCCAGAUAAAGGCCUCAAUGCUAAGGUCUUCCUCAUUUAGAAAAGGGUAUGUGGCUGUCUUUGUAUGUUUUACAACAAAGGCAGUACACCUCGAGCUAUGUUCGGAUCUGACUACUGCGGCUUUUCUUGCAGCAUUUGCCCGCUUUGUCGGACGGCGCGGAUUUCCUUUAAAAAUUAUGAGCGACAAUGGAAAAAACUUUGUCGGAGCUCAAAGAGCCACGGAAAAGGAGUUUUUACAAUUCAUGAAAGAAGUAUCCCCCGAAAUUGUCAGAAAAUAUGCACCCCAAGGAAUCGAUUGGCAAUUCAUACCCCCAUGUUCUCCACACAUGGGCGGACUCUGGGAAUCAGCAGUAAAGAGCUUUAAGUCCCAUUUAAAGAAAACGGCUGGUGACCAUAAAUUCAAUUAUGAGGAGUUUACUACAUUACUCACUCGUAUCGAAGCCGUACUAAACUCUAGACCUAUCUCACCACUCUCGCAAGAUCCCUCCGACUUCACAGCCUUAACCCCAGGGCAUUUUCUCAAAGGAGCACCCAUUCUGGCCAUACCUGAGCCAGGCGUGGAGUCGCUAUCCUUAUCGAAUAGAUGGGAGCGAAUUAAAAUCCUCCAUCAUGAUUUCAGCCGCCGAUGGAAGGAAGACUACAUAAAGGACCUUCACAAGAGAUACCGGUGGAAAACUCAAGAAAAGGCACCAAAGCUUGGAGACUGCGUCCUUAUACAAGAUGAUUGUCUCCCUCCUACGGAAUGGCGACUCGGCCGCAUAAAACAACUUCAUUACGGUUCCGACGGUCAUGUUCGAGUAGUUGAUCUCCGCACUCAAACCGGAACACUAACCAGACCGCUCGUAAAAUUAUGCUUUCUACCAACCGCCGAAGAUAAAGAAACGUAAAACCGAAACCGCAAUAAUAAAUCAAUAAAUCGUUAAAACAUAUAACCGCUUACCAAAUCGAAACCUCGAAUAACAUUAAUGACACAAAGACUUAACAUAAAUGUCUGAUAAAAAAAGACAUCCUAUUCAUGCCACAUAUCGUGGCACAAACGUCCAUAUUAUUGUAAAUUUCACAAUACAUUUCUAAUAUCAUAAUUU